AUGCCGACGGGUUUUCUGCCGCCGAUGGCUUUUGGGGCAAAAGUGACUGUAAUUAGUACCUCACCUAGCAAGAAGGAUGAAGCUUUGGAACAUCUUGGUGCUGAUUCUUUUUUGGUUAGCCGUGAUCCAGACCAAAUUCAGGCUGCCAUGAACACAAUGGAUGGUAUUAUUGAUACUGUUUCUGCAGUGCACCCCAUUUUACCAUUGCUUGGUCUAUUGAAGUCCCAUGGAACGCUUGUCAUGGUGGGUGUACCGGACAAGCCACUUGAGCUACCUGUGUUUCCGUUGCUUACGGGAAGGAAGAUGGUUGCCGGGAGUGGCAUUGGAGGAAUGAAAGAGACGCAAGAGAUGAUUGACUUUGCAGCAAAACAUGGCAUCACGGCAGACAUUGAGGUUGUUUCAAUGGAUUAUGUGAACACCGCAAUGGAGCGUCUUGCUAAGAAUGAUGUUAGAUACAGGUUUGUCAUUGACAUUGGAAACACCUUGGCUGCUACCAAGCCUUGA